CUUCAACAACACACUUCUACACUCCAACGCAUUCAGCAACGAGGGAUCCUAUCAGGAAUCUACCAACAUUCGAACAGGUUCUUGUUAAAGGUGCGCAUUGAUAGCAGCCCACUAUGGCGACCGCAGCCAUCAUCGACGACGAGGUUAUGGAGCCGACGCUCCAGGCCGUACUCGACCAGAAGACAUUACGCUGGAUAUUUGUUGGCGGCAAGGGUGGUGUAGGAAAGACGACAACGUCAUGCUCCCUCGCCAUCCAGCUCUCCAAGCACCGCAAAUCGGUCCUCCUCAUCUCUACCGAUCCCGCGCACAACCUUUCAGAUGCGUUCAACCAGAAGUUUGGCAAGGACGCACGACUCGUGAAUGGCUUCGACAACCUGAGCGCCAUGGAAAUCGACCCCAACGGCAGCAUACAGGAUCUGCUUGCGGCAGGCGGUGAGAGCGGAGAGGAUGCCAUGGCUGGCUUAGGAGGCAUGGGAAAUAUGAUGCAGGAUCUUGCCUUCAGUAUUCCUGGUGUUGACGAAGCGAUGUCUUUCGCCGAAGUCCUCAAACAAGUAAAGUCCAUGUCUUACGAAGUCAUCAUCUUCGACACGGCCCCCACAGGACACACACUCCGAUUUCUCCAAUUCCCCACGGUCAUGGAGAAGGCUCUUUCCAAAGUCUCCCAACUCUCCCGCCAGUUUGGCCCGAUGCUCAACACAUUUCUCGGUGGUGCAGGUCGCCUGCCUAAUGGCCAGAACAUCGAUGAGAUCGUUGAAAAAAUGGAAGCGCUACAAAAGACUAUCGCAGAAGUCAACGGUCAAUUCAAAGACGCUGACCUCACUACCUUUGUGUGUGUCUGCAUUCCUGAAUUCCUGUCAUUGUAUGAGACGGAGCGCAUGAUCCAGGAGCUGAACAGCUACGAGAUCGAUACACACGCGAUUGUUGUUAACCAACUGUUGUUCCCAAAGAAGGACAACCCGUGCGAGCAGUGCAACGCCAGGAGGAAGAUGCAGAAAAAGUACCUGGAUCAGAUUGAAGAGCUGUAUGAUGAGUUCAAUGUCGUCAAGAUGCCAUUGUUGGUAGAGGAGGUUCGAGGAGUGGAGAAAUUGAGCAAAUUCAGUGAGAUGCUCGUCACGCCCUUCGUACCCCCAGAGUAAGCUCGCGGGUCUCUGCGACACGACAAUAUCUCGACUCUCAGAUGUUUUUCUCAGCGUUCGUGCAUGCGAAUUUUAGACUCGCUACAAAGAGUGCAGGUUAGUAUACCUACGGCGGUUUCCCGGUGCAAGUCCAGCCUGGCGGAAAUGAAAGGACCCUUGCAAGUUUAUCCUAACGAUACCACGCGGUUCGUAUUCAAAUCGAGCGCACUUGUAGAAGCAAACACUAGAU